ACAUUUUAAUCGACUAAACAUAACCUAGAUACGCCAAACAAACUUCUUUUCCACUUCACAAAUUCACCCCCAACAUAAUCAAUAACAUAAAUAAUCAUAAAUUUAAUUAAUACAAACCACAAAAAGCCAAAUAUAAAUUAUUUAUCUUUAUUAAUAAUAAUAUCAAUAAUACAACAUAACCUCAAUAUGUCAGAUUGGUUAUCGAAAAUAAAAUCAUCAAAAAAGUCCUCAAUAUCGCAAGGAAAUCUCAAAAAAGUUCAUUACGAAUUUACUAAAGAUGUGGAGCUCGUUGAAGAGUACAACACUGAUACGGAGGUGUUAACGCGAAGAGCUUGGCGAAGAAAAACGCAUUUAGGAGGUGAAGGUGAUUGGGAUGUUGAAAUUGGAGAUCCUGAACCUUCAGCAUUAAAAAAGGAAGGGUUCGUAAUCCGUGAAAACAACAACCAACCAAUCAUCUCAAGAAGGAUCACCAAAAACAGCUUAGAAUGGAGAAUUAGAAAUUUACCAUAUCCUUUAGAAGUUUAUUCCGUAUCUGCUGAUCCAGAAACGAAAAGUUUGGUUGUAAGAACAAGCAAUAAGAAGUAUUUUAAAGUUUUGGUUGUACCCGAAUUGGUUAGGGCCGGUGCUGUACCGAAUCAAGAGAGUAUUCAGUUUACUCAUAAAUAUAAUACUUUGAUUAUUACGUAUAAAAAGCCGAAAGAGGUGGUUUUGAUGGAAAAGGCGGUUUAUGAAGAGGUGAAAAAGGUUGAAUCGAAAAGUGGGGAUAUUGAUCCUAAUAAUUGUAAACCUAGUUAAUUUUUUUCUUGAUUUAUUUAUUUAGUUGGAAUUAAAAUGUUAUUUAUAAUUUCCAUACAAAGAUACUUAUUCUAAUUAAUAAAUUUUGAGUUAUUUUGUAAUAAUAUUAAUUCUUUCAUAUGUAUAUUUGUCAAUUUGACAUAUUUGACAGCUUGAAUUAUUUGAUUAUAAAUAAAGAUUAAUU